AUGAACAUACAAACACUUUAUUUUAUAGGACUAGGUAAGUACAUUAAUAUUUUUAUAAAAAUUAGGCAUGUGACUAUGAAGAAUUCAAGCAAUUUAAAUCAUGACAGAAUAAUAGAAAAUGAAGCAGAUAAUAGUUCAGAAUAUGAAGUAAAUAGUGAUACUGAUAUUGAUAAUGAUAAUGACCAGGAAUGUGAGAUGGACACUCAUAUGACAGAUGAAUUAGUUUUUUAUCAAGAAGUUAAAUCAAUUUUUAAUCCAGAAACUGAACCACUAUAUUAUCAAGGAGAAGAUAUUUUUUAUGAAAAAGCAAAAAUACUAUUUGAUUUUGAAUCUAACGAAAUUUGUUGUAUUGAAAAUGGAAUUUAUAAAAACCUUUUUUAUUUAAAAGAUGAAGAAUCAAAAAUUAUUAACAAUUUACUCACUAAAGAAAUGAAAGAAAAUUUUAAAUCUUAUUUAAUGUCUAAUUAUAAAGAAGAAAUUAUAAAAGAACUUUUCUUAAUUGAAGAAACAAUGAGGUCAUUUGUAAAUGAAAUGCUUACUCGUAAAAAUAUUGAUGAUAAUAUAAAAAGUAAAAUCAAUACUUUUCUUAAUAAUUUAUUCGAUUAUAAUAAAGAAAAAACCACUAACUAUUUAUUGGAAAACUACGAAGCAGAAUAUGAUUAUUUAAUUUCUUUUUUAUUGGCAAAAUAUUGUUAUAAUGUAUUGUAUAAGAUUGAUUCAUUUUUAUUAAAAUGGAUAUUUAAUAGUAAUAAAACAGAAGAAUAUUAUGAGUUAAUGAAGUGUUUUUAUGGUAUUAUUUAUGAAAAUUAUCUUAAUAUGCCAUCUAAAGAAUUUUUAGAUCAAAUUCCUGAAAUUGAUAAAAUUAAAAAUUUGAUAGUGGCUAAUAAAGAGAAUUUUAAUAGUUUCUAUAUUGAUAAUUGCAAUUAUUUACAUUUAAUAUUUAGAGUUUUUUAUCCUGAUAAAAUUGGAGAAGCUAAAAAGGAUGUUGUUAUACAGUGGUGGAAAAUAAAAAUGAGACUAACUUUAAGUUUUCUUUUAAAAGUUAUUCUUAUUAAAUUUCAUUUUAAAUUGUCUUCUAUUUAUGUUGUAAUAUCUAUUUAUAAAAGAAUUUAUAUACAAUAA